AUGUCAAAAUUGAAUGGAAUACUCUUUCUUUGGUUUUUAUCGGCUAUUAUUACUUCGACUGUUUUAGCCAUCAUUCCUUCAAAAUAUUGUGAAGUACCUGAACGAAGAUUUCCUCCAAAAUUAGAUAAUGAACAAGGAAGAAUUUUAUUUAAUUUUACUGGUGAUAAUUGUCUACGUGGAAUCAAUUAUACAGUGACAGUUAUUAUGCACUGUGAUUAUGCUGCUGAAACUAAUUCAUAUCCUGAAUUAUUUCCACAUGAUGACCAGCAGUGUAACUUAUAUAUAGUAUGGAAGACAGCAUUAGCUUGUGUACCUAGAACUCAAACAAGCUGUACAGUUGUUAACAAUGGACUCUAUUAUGAUCUAAGUCCUUUAACAAGAACUUCAGAAAAUUAUGUCAUUCCGAUAUAUAUAAAAAAUAAAACAAAAUCACCUAAAAUAAUAUUAAAUGUCUGUCAAUCUAUACUACAUCAUGGUAUCAUGUGUCCAGUUAAGUCUGGAGUCUGCUUGGACGAUCCUGAAAAACCUAAUAGAUAUUCUAAUUUAGGAGAAGUAUACAAGCCUCCUUUCUUUAAAGAUGGGAUAUUACAAAUAGAAUAUCAGAAUGGUGCGAUAUGCACACAAAAUAUUACAACUCCACAUGUUGGAACAACUAUUUAUUUUAAAUGUGAUUUGGAAGCUAAGGGUCCUCCAGAAUAUAUUUUGGGGAGUGGGAUAAAGGAUUGUCAUUAUCAAUUAAUAUGGUAUACUGCUGCAGCCUGCGAUAUUGAGACUCUUCAUGAUUAUAAUGUUAAAAAAGCAGGCAAAUGCAACGGUAUAAAUCCAAUUACAAAUUUUACAUAUGACUUACAAACAUUAAUGAACAAAGACUUUACUGUUACAAGUGCAAGUGGUGUAAAAUACAAAUUCAGAGUUUGUGAUACGCUUAUGGAUAACUCAUGUGGAAAUAACACAGGAGUAUGUAAUUCAAAAUAUGGUACAUCGUUAGGACAAGCUAAUGCAAAUCUAAUAUGGCAACAAGGUGGUCCUUAUUUAAAUUAUACCAAUGGGGAUUUAUGUGAAAAUGGAAUGAGCCACUAUACACUUAUUAAUUUUUUUUGUGAACUUCAAGGAUCGCCCAGUCGGCCAUUGCUCAUAAAAGAAUCUACUUGUCAAACUAUCAUACACUUGAAUACAGAUUUAGUUUGUGAGAAAAAAAUUAAAUGUGCUACCGAUAAUAACGAUGAAAUCAAUUUAACUUCUCUUAUACAAUCUACAAACAAUUAUAUUAUUAAAGUCAACGAUACGGAAUUUCACAUAAAUAUAUGUCGACCAUUAGUUCCUACUCAAGGUCUUAUAUGUGCACAUGGUAGUGCUGCUUGUAAGGUUUCGAUAUCUUCAAAGAACGAAUAUACGAAUGAAAUCAGUUUAGGAUUUCCCGAAGACAGUCCAACGUUAAAUAAAGAUUUACAAACAGUAUUACGUUAUGUUAAUGGAUCACAAUGUCCCGAGAAUCCAACUAAAACGAUAUCUUCGAAUUUCACAUUUAUUUGCGAUAAUAACAAUCAGGGACUUCCAGUAUAUAAGCACUAUGCUAAUUGUACUUAUGUAUUUGAAUGGAAUACUAGUAUAGCAUGUGGUGCUGUGAUAGGAGAUUGGGUGGCACCAUGUAUUAUAAAGGAUAGUUUCCUUUCAUAUGAAUACGACCUUUCUUUGUUAUAUGAAAAGCAACCGCUACAUUAUGUGAAAAGCAAACAAGGCAAAAAGUAUGCUAUAAAUAUUUGUGGUGGAGAGAAAUGUUGCAACUGUUCUGCCAUAUGUCACGAAUAUAAUAGAUAUGGAUCGCUAGGAAGUGUGAUUUUUGAUUACAGUCGUAAUGACGUAAAACUUAAAUAUUCAAAUGGCAGUAAAUGUAAUAACAAUUCUUACACGUCCGAAAUAAGAUUUAUAUGCAACGAAUCCAUAGGCAUCGGUGAACCGAAACUGCUAUUGGAAUCACAAUGCAGCGCGAAAUUCGAGUGGCACACCGAAGUGAUCUGCGUGAAACAUGCCAAUUCUCCGGAUGCAUCUCAUGAAAAUACGUCGUACUGCAAGAAAGCACGUUGUCCUGUGCCUCCUGACUUGGCAUACAAGUUAAAAAUGAUUACGAUUAUAAUGUUGAUGAUACUGUUUGUGCUUGCGGUGUUGACCCGUUUGGUUAUUGAAGAUAUACUUCCGCUAAAAAGAUGCCGCUUUUGGUUAAAUUGGAUUAAUUUCAGAAGAGGCAUGGGUCGUGUCCAGUAUUGUAAAGUCGAUACUACUGAGGAAACUAAACUUUUGAUCCGCGCUUCCGAUUCUAGUCAAUCAGAUAGCGACGACGAUCUUCUAUCUGCAUAACGAUGUGAUUAUUAUUACGUUUGUUUUAAAGUAUAGAUUGUCUAAUUAUUGAACUGGGCACCUAUUAUGAAAUUAUUCAGAAUAGAUUUUAAUCUGAAUAAUUCUA